AUGCUCUAUGAAGUAGAUCGCAUGGAAUCUACACCCGAGAUGAGCCAUUCAUUCAUACACUACUUGGGCUCUACUGAGCAAAACAUGUCGACAUUCAUCGUGAGUCCGGUGUGGGCUUAUCUCAUACACGGUAAACCUGAAGUACUCAACAAAGUGGGCAAAAAACGUUGUGCUUUGCAUCUGGAUAUUAUUCAGCGGGUUUUCAACUACCAGCCCAUACAACCAUUGGCCAAACUGGCGUUUGGUAUAUACUUGUCGCACAUCAUUAUUAUAGGCACCCGACUGUUGGCCAUUAGAGAGACUUAUGUUAUGACACACUCAGGAAUUUUUGAGGGGGCAAUCAUUGAUUACGUGUUAGCGGUGUUAACGGCAUAUAUGCUGUAUAUACUGAUUGAAUGUCCGGUUUAUCAUUUAAUUAAAAUAAUUUGCGGACAACACGUAUCGGAAGUAGAGAGGAGUGGUGUCUAUUAA